AACAAGUACCUUCAAGUCUCCACUUUUUCCGUGAAUGGAUGAUGCCGACAAAUUGCCGGUCUGGGAUGAGUCUGCCUUUUUUCCUCUACCUCGCAACAACAACAUGGUCUGAUUGAUAGCUCAUCAACCACUCGAUAUCGGCAGUCCUAUACUCGGAAGCACCCCAAUGCGUCGAAACGCCAGUUGCCUUGAUCCAAGGCGCUUGAAUUUGCAAUGAACGUGCCGAAACCCGUCCCAUCCCGAGCGGCCCUCCAUGCCUUAAGGGGCAUCGCCUUUGGCACUUCCUGCUCAGUCGUCUUGCUGGCCGAGGAGCGUCGAAGACGUACAGAGAUUGCGCGUGCAGCCAUAGACAACGCACGGAAAUUGUCUACCAUCAAGAGUCAAUUCGGGUCGGUGACGCACACGGAAGACGGCCAGACGUCGCGAAGCAAAGCAGCGCUUCACCACGCCCAACCGGCGGACGCGCCGCGUCGAAGAAAACGACAGAGCACGAGCCGAGCUCGCUCAGACGAUUCCAACGCCGAUUUGAUUCCUGCCGCAGAGAGAAGGGGCGCCGCAGGUCCCGACUCCGCUGGGCUGGACCGUCGCGAACCCCCCAGGACCCUCGGCAUCCAGGGCCCAUCAUCGAAGGCGGCUGGCCAUGAUGUUCCUCCUUACCGUUUCAUGCAGUACGAAAAUAAGAAACUGCCAAGGCGACCCAACACCCGAGCGAUGACCAGCUCAGCGGGCUCAGGGCCGAAACCUUCCUCCGACAAGCCCGUGGAUCCCAAGACCGUGCCAGCAAGGGUGGACGAGUUCAUUGCUCGGGAGCCUUGCACCAAUACUGACACCGACAUCAACCGUUUCCUCGGUCUCCUCAAGGCUUUUGUCCAUUUAUUGGAGUCUCCGGCCUGCACUCCUAGUCCAACCGAGACAUACUAUGAUCACUUGAACAAGCUCCUGCAGCAUUGCAACAUCAAAGGCUUGGAAGGGGAUCACUUUAUCAAUUUCGACCAUGUUGCGCAACGGCUUAUCUGGGCGGCCAUCCGAUCUGACACUGCACACCUCGAGUCGUGCUUUGAGAAGCUCAGACCUUUCUACCGCGACCCCGAGCUGUUUCUAGUCCGGGCGCUGUCUUGUCUGCCCAGUGUUGCCACCGCCAACGCCUCUAAGCGCCUGCUUUCUUGGUGGGGCAAAGACAAGAGGUAUCCUCUAACCGCGACGGCAGUGUUUCGCGUCUUGAAGCGGUAUCAGUACGAUUCGAAUGUCAGUGUCGAGAGCACAUGGUUACUUUUCGAGUGCCUCCAAUCUACUGGUCUUGACUCUUGCGUCGAGCUUGACUCAGACUUUGCAUUCAAGCUGCACAGGUGGCUUCUCCAUGUGGCCACUCUGCAGAACGAUCGGGCGGAGGUCCUGUCCCAAAGCCAGCUACUCAAGAAGAUAGAUGCAUCCCGUGCCCUCAAGGAUGUGUCGAUCCAAGUUUCGGUGUUGUGCGCCAGUGCCUGCGCGCAGCAUGCGCGGGAUUGCGUAUCGAAUUUUACCGAACUAAGCCGCAUCCUCCAGGAUAGCGACCUACAAUAUUCUCGAAGCUCAAUCAACAAAUUCAUCGCCGCUUGGACCCCUUUUAUGGACGUCACGGAGCUUGACCGAAUCAUCCGCCAUGCAGUGGAUCGACACGGGAUCCCGAUCAAGCGCCAGUGGUUGAUAUCGGUGCUCGAGCGCUACUCUGCUGCGAUGCAACACGAGAAGAUGCUCUCAUGGCUCCGCUUCUGCUUCGACAAUGGCUGCAAGACCGAUAGCAACUAUCUACACUUGAUACUGCGAGAGUGCUACACGCACUGGCGAGUUGGCGGAGAAGCCUUCAAACUCUUUGAGGAGCGUCUGCGCCAGCUCGAUCCUAGCCUAUCCAAGAUGCGCAUGUUUUCGCUGGAGAAGAGGGAUUGGAAGACAGCGUACAUCAGGGCUGUGGAGAGGAGUCCGUCUGGAUCGCUCACCCACGAGCCUCAGGUCUUUGCGCUCAUGCAGAAGGCAGCCCUGAAGCAGUCGUGGCAGGUAGUGUGGGAUGAGUUCUGUGCUGCCCAGCCUGGCGUGGACGCAACGUCAGCGAGGUGCUUGUCAUUGGCUGUCAUGGCACGCAUCGAGCUCGAUGCUGGGGAGACCAACAGCACUGAGGCACUGAUCAAGUCGGCCAGGACCAAAGGAAACCCCAUCGGACAAGCAUUGACGCCCUUCCUAAUGGCUCAGCUAGAGCAAGGGAAGGACCCGCUGCAGGUGCUGCAAAAGCAGCUACAUCUCGGGAACUACGUGCACGACAUGGUCUUUACCACGGCCGCGCGAUGCGCCUUGAAGCAGGACCACCGGGAGGCUUUGGUUGAGAUCUGCGAGAUGGCAGCUCGCGUCAAAGGCAGCAAGACCACAGGAGAAGUUGACUUUCUACACAGCGCUCACAGCUUCUCGAACCUUUUGCAGGCGUACAGCCGCGCGGAGAAAUUCCAGAAGAUGCAUUCCCUGCUGGAUCAGUUCCAGGAGAAGCCACGCGCCUGGGCAACCUGUAACGCGAGCAGACGGGCGAUCAAAGCUGCCACCAAGUUGAUGGCGAAACGACUGAGCUGGGCACGGAACAACGGCAAGGGCACCGAGUGUUAUGCGGCCGGGGUGACCAAGUUGGUCCAGGCCUAUGACAGUGUAUUUGUGCGCCGCAGAACCAGAGCUCAAAAGGAAGAGCUGUUGCAGGCCGUACUCGACAUCAGCGCUUCGUCUGUCAAGCCCGAGGAAAAAGACGUUGCGAAGCCCGUGCCCGUCAAGGUGUUGGCCGAGUCCAGCAAGCGCCUCGAUGAUGUUGGGAAGCACGAGGUGACGUCGACCUAUACUCGACCGGAACUGCAGCGAGAUGUCCUGUCUUGGACACGCCAUUCGCAGCCUCACGUACACUUCCCCGCAGAGCAGCGGCAUGCCGUGGCCUUGGGCUAGGUGGGAGGCCUUGGGGAGAGUGAAACUAUCUAUACCAUACUGUACGAUACUGGGGUGGCAACAACCGCUCCCACUUGUUGUAUACUAUGUAGCUUAUCAAUCGCGAGGUCAAGAUAAACUGCUGCCUUGCUC